AUGGUGCCAAAGGCAUCUCUUGUCCUCUUCGUCCUUGCAUCCCUACAGUCAUGCAGGCUGAUCCCCUCUUCUGAUACAGACCCUUUACAUCCAACGAUACUCUCCAAGACAUUGCGACUUCGUGGAGGGUUGGAUUCGGCUGCUAGAUUGCAGCAAAACUAUCACGAAAAUAGAUGGGAAGAACGGAGAAGAGAGUUGCAGCCAUUGAUAGAUGCCGCUAUUGAAGAACAUGAAAGGAAAAAGGCAGAAUUAGCUGCAAAACAAGAAAUGUCCAAUCGAAAUAACAAGGACCCUGAGGAUGAGGACAUACAAAGAAUUGACAGAAUCUUUGAGAACGCAACAAGGGACUCUGUUUCUGAGUUUGUUGAGGAAAACACUUUUUUCUGUGUAGAUCCUAAUGAAAACAAAGAUUUUCUCUUCAAUGAUGUCGACGAAGACUGCCCUUUGAAUCAGAGCUCCGGAACCAAUUCAGGAAAGGUUGUACAGUGCUUUUGGUGCACUGAUGCCGGCAUUGUUUCAAAGAAUGUGACGAAUGUAAGAAAGUUCAUGGAAGAACGAAAGGCCGAAGAGCGAAAGGCUAGGGAAAUUUUAUGGACGAGAAAUCACAUAGACUGUGAUAUGGAUGAAGAGAUUGCACGGCGAAUCUAUGCCUGUGAGGAGAUGCAGAAACGAAAGAUCGACGUUCAGAUCCUUGAUCCUUUCAAUGAAUCGACUUGGGCUGUUUCAGCAUCUGUGAAGCAAAAGCUCCAAGAGAUGAGGGAAAGAAAUGAAGAUUUGGCCUUGCCUGUUACUCUGUCUAACUUUACACCGAUCAAACUUGUCAACAUCUCAAUGGUGGAGAAGAUGUUUCGACAGCGACAAGAAAUGAAGCCAAAGAAGGAGGAGAUGGUUAUCCCAACACUGGAAGGCAACAUAACAGUCAAAGUUGCAAACCUCACACCGUCAUUUCGGUUCAACUACGAAAUCAAUGACACAGAAUGGUUUGGUAUCGAUUAUCGGGGGGCAGAGGAGAAAUACAACUUAUCCGAAGCUGCAUUUCAAGAGAUGUGUGAUCAAUUCAAGAUUGGUCCUUCGCUCGAUCCGGUCCACCCAGAUGUCUUGAUUGCAAAUGCCGAUAUCCAGGAGAGACUGUUCGAUAUGUCGGGGGGGGCUGAAGGGUCCCUCAAAAAAGCUUUUCGUCUCUAUCGACGAGCAGUAGAGCUCAACGAUACCUCUGCCAGAGCCCUGGCAAGCCUUGCAAAAUUUCUCUACAGACGGCACGGAAAUUUUACAGAAGCAGAUCGUCUUUUUCAAAAAGCCCUUCACUUUGAGAAACAAGAUUUGUUUUCUCUACACGAGUACUUGAAGAUGUUAACAAAGUGGGAUGAACUAGCCAGCUCUAAAUUUUCAAGCCAGAACUUCACUUUUAUCUAUUACCUUCAUAGUCAACAAAGAAAUAUCUCGACACGUCUUGACGAAGCCCUAGAUAGGCAACAAUGUUUGGCCUUGUACUCCUUGUAUCACCCAAACCUGAGAUUCAGUGAUAAGGUGGAGGAUUUUGUUCGCAGCGGAAUGAUCUCUCUCCCUUCGACAUUAGACGAAAUGGCAGCUGACAGAUUUAAUGACCUGGAGCUGCAGUGUUAUACAGAAUUAGCUGAAUUUGAUAAGUCUCAUUACCCCCACGAUGUGUAUCACCAGCUGUUGGAAACCUUGUACAGAAGUGUUCCCCAAGAGAGUAAAGAGCAAAUUCUUGCUGAGCGGAGGGCCAAAUAUGGAAAUUCGACAUCAUGGAAUGAAACGUUUGAACGGUCAAGAUUGAUCUGUCCCCUCACUGAAAAGAUUAAAGAUCUUCUGAGAAGGGCCCCGGAAGAUGCGAAGGCAGCAAGACAGCGAGAUCGAGCCAAUCGAUUGCUUCAAGACUUUCACAAGAAGUUCAAUAUAUCAGAGUAUCUCUUGCGAACAUGCAAUUACUUGAUGGGAGAGAAGGAGAACCUCACAUUGCAAGAGUACUUCGAAGUCACGCGCCUGCUUAAUGGAAACUUGAGCCAGAAGGGAUACGAUCGACUUUUGGAAACAGCCAGCCAUGAUCAACCCGAGAAUCUGACGGCCAUAGAGAGGCACUUCAGACUUUGGCGUUAUGCAAUCCGAGAAGACGAAGAUCCGUUCACGCUGCUUGGGGAUGGAACAGGGCUUCCUCUAUCGGAGAGCGAGGAUGAAAGCGAGGAGCAAGCAAAGAAAGGAAAGACAGUUGUUGGCACGCUACAUCGCAUGGAAAGGAAAGACGCAGAAGUUCCUGAAGGACCCCUUCCUCUCCAUCGCUCGGACUUGCCUCUCCUUGGUCCCGAAGAAGAGGAAGUAUCGUCUCCACCUGCAGAAUCAAAAGCACAAGAGCAAUUCAAAGAGAAGAUAGGAGAGGAGGGUGGGGAGGAAGAAGAGGGAGAUGGAUUUAUCAAACGAGUGAUAUCCCCCUGGAAUCGCCAUUAUCCAUGGCGAGGGGAUCGCAACGAUGUUGAUCAUCUCGAUACAGCACAAGCGAUCUUCACGUGCCAAUCAGUGAUCAGCAGCUUCAGUUGGAUUUGCAAAUUAUGCGAUGGAGAUUUAAAGCUUUCAGUGUUGCAGCUGGUAGUGGCACAACGAGCCCACAAGCGUUUCGUCUCCAUUUGUCGAGACCUUAUCACUCACAAGGGCGAACCCAUGACGAGGAUGCACGAGCUCGUAUCAGACUUUCUCUUGCUCUGGAACCAGUCCGUUUCGCUGCAAUCGCUCAAGGAUGUCCCAAGCCAUGGCGACGCCAACAUGAGGUUUCACCUCGACGAGAUUCAGAUGUUGGAGAAAUUCAGGGAGCUUGCAAGAACGCUAGUGGCAUCUUAUCUGGAGAGCCAGGAGGAACUUGAGGAGGAACUGAAGGUCAAAAAUAUGUCCGCACCUGAUCCACAUGACUACGAAGAGAACACUGACUUCAUGAAAGACCGUCUCAUGUUCAUGCUCCAACAGACGUGGAGAUCGAACGACACUUGGGUGCUGAAGAUGGAGAAGCUUGAUAAGGAAUUAGAGGAAGACGAGUUGUACAAGCUCGACGAUCAAUUGGUGUUGAGACCGAAAAGAGAGGCUGACAAGUGUUGCCUCACCUCCAAACAAAUCAAGAAAAUCAGCGAUGAGAUCUCGUCGAACGUGCUCAUCUUACAGCUGGGAGAGCAGGUGAUCAAUUGCUUCUCCGGGCUGGCAGCAGCAGCUACCCAUAGUGGCUUCUCGUCGAUUGAGGAUUACUUUCAAGCAAGAGGAGGUGAAAACCUGUGGAACCAUUCCAAGGUCGUGGAGGAAGAGAUCCUCGUUGCUUCCAUGCGCGAGAUCUCCUCCAGCAAGAAGCAGUGCGAUCUUUUCAUCCCCCACGCUGGGAGUGUGCCUCUUCCUGAAAUUAUCCCCGAGCAUUUGAAUGGGUCUGAUUGGCCAGAGGAAAGUCUCCGUCCUCCCUGCGAGAAAAGUCACUUGCUUCCUCAUUGGUGGCCUCUUUCCAUUAUCAACGACCCUCUGGCUUUCUUCGCAGCCAACCUCAUCGACUCAGUUGCGGGAAUGUGGAGGGGGAUGAAAUUCAAGGGGCCCAGCUCGUACAAGCGCAGAGACCCCGAGAGCAUCCCAGCUGUCGACAUUUUGGCUGAUCGGCUAAGAAAUGCGAGUAGAGGAGGAAAGAAUGAAAUGGAAGGCGGAUAG